UUUCUUGAUAUGGUAAAGAAAAUAGUGAUUAAAAAAGAAACUACUCCAUACGAUUAUAUAUAAAUCUAUAAUAUAUACAGAGUUUAACCAUAAUACCAGUAGUACAUGCGGAGAAGGUAGAAUUUUUUUGUGGCUUUGGAUUCUUCUAGCAGAUCGUGCCUGCUGCUUGCCAGCUUUUUAGCAAUGGGUACAAAGUAUAAACCGCGUUCUCAAGAAAAAAUAUAAUAUAGAUAGAUUUAGCAGAGCUAUUUGCCCCCUCUGAGGAAGAGAGAGAGAGAAGAGGAGAGAGAGGGUAGAUGUGGAAGAUGAGGGAGGUGGCGGUGGCGGUGCUGGCAGUUAUCGGCAUUCUGGGUUUGGGGCCGAGCUCCAUCAACGGCGACACAAAUCAAUCUGACGCUUCUGCUCUCAUGGUCAUGUAUAGCAGUUUAAAUUCACCAUCCCAGCUAACUCAAUGGACUUCAAGUGGUGGGGAUCCAUGCGGUCAGUCCUGGAAAGGCAUUACCUGCUCUGGCUCAAGAGUCACGCAAAUCCAAUUAUCUGGUCUAGGACUUUCUGGGUCAAUGGGAUACCAGCUCGCAAGUUUGACGGCGGUGACCAAUUUUGACCUGAGCUACAAUAAUCUUGGAAACCAGAUACCUUAUCAGCUUCCUCCAAACUUGCAUCAACUAAACCUUGCUGGAAAUGGCUUCAAUGGUGGCAUCCCUUAUUCCAUAUCUCAGAUGACUUCCCUACAAUACCUAAAACUUGAUCACAAUCAACUUAGCGGCCAAGUUAAUGACAUGUUUGGACAGCUUUCUGCCCUUUCCACAUUGGAUCUCUCCUUCAAUUCAUUCACGGGUGAUCUCCCAGAAAGUUUCAGCUCUCUUUCAAGUAUGGGCAGUAUGUAUUUGCAGAACAACCAGUUUACUGGAUCUAUUAAUGUCCUUGCUAGUCUUCCACUUAAAAAUCUGAACGUUGCAAAUAACCAAUUUAAUGGUUGGAUUCCUGCCCAGUUGAAGAAUAUAAAUCUCCAGACGGGUGGUAACUCAUGGAGCUCAGGGCCUGCUCCCCCUCCUCCACCUGGCACCCCUCCAGUCAGUGGGGGCAACCACAAAUCUGGUGGCAGUGACAAAUCUAAUGCGGGUGAUAGUGGUGGUGGCGGAAAAUCAGGUAUAGGGGGUGGAGGUGUCGCCGGAAUAGUGAUAUCCAUGUUAGUGGUGGGUGCUGUGGUAGUAUUCUUUAUUAUGAAGAGAAGGUCCAGAAAAUCAUCAAUGGAUUUAGAGAAGCUUGAUAAUCAGCCUUUCACUUCUCUUGCUUCUCAUGAGGUGCAAGGAAAGAUUUCUUGUUUCAGUGAUGGCUCUUCACAUCCAGAAUUGAAGUCUAUUCAAACUUCCUCCACAGUUGAUAUGAAAACAUACGAACCAUCAGCCUCAAUAAAUCUAAGACCUCCACCUAUUGAUCGUAAUAAAUCAUUUGAUGAAGAAGAUUUCUCAAGAAAACCCAUUGUUCCCAAGAAGGUACAUAUAGCUCCAGUAAAUGCUGUAUCAUAUUCGAUAGCUGAUCUUCAAAUGGCCACAGACAGCUUUAGUACUGAAACUCUUAUUGGCGAGGGGUCCAUUGGACGUGUUUAUCGGGCUCAGUUUGAUGAUGGGAAGGUUCUUGCUGUGAAGAAAAUAAACUCAUCAGCUCUUCCAAAUCACUUGUCUGAGGAUUUCAUGGACACAGUUUCAGACAUAUCCCGGUUGCGUCACCCAAAUAUAAUAGAGCUAGUUGGUUAUUGUUCAGAGUACGGACAACGCCUCCUGGUUUAUGAGUUCCUUAAGAAUGGCUCUCUGCAUGACUUCCUACAUCUCUCAGAUGAGUAUAGCAAGCCAUUAACGUGGAACAGUCGUGUCAAGAUUGCUUUGGGAUCUGCACGUGCAUUAGAGUACUUGCAUGAAGUUUGCUCACCAUCAACCGUUCAUAAAAAUUUGAAAUCAGCCAAUAUAUUAUUAGACACCGAGCUUAAUCCUCACUUGUCAGACUCUGGGUUAGCAAGCUUUGUUUCAGAUGCAGAUCAGGCACUGAACCAUAAUGCUGGGUCAGGAUACAGUGCACCUGAGGUUGCCAUGUCUGGUCAAUACACUAUAAACAGCGACGUCUACAGUUUUGGAGUGAUCAUGUUGGAACUUCUUACCGGACGAAAACCAUUUGAUAGCUCAAGACCAAGAACUGAGCAAUCUUUGGUUCGAUGGGCAACACCUCAGCUCCAUGAUAUUGAUGCUCUGUCUAAGAUGGUUGAUCCAGCUCUGAAAGGGCUCUACCCUGUUAAAUCACUUUCGCGAUUUGCUGAUGUCAUCGCUCUUUGUGUCCAGCCGGAGCCUGAGUUCCGACCACCAAUGUCAGAAGUGGUCCAAGCAUUGGUUAGGUUGGUGCAGCGUGCAAACAUGAGCAAAAGAACAGUUGGGACUGAACAUGGUUCAUCUAGGCACGGUGAUAACCCUGACACGCAGGAUGACUACAUGGCUUAAAUGGUGAUGGAUGUCUUCAUGUCCUUUUUUCAACUAUAGAAGCACCUCCCAAAAGCAAUUCUACGUUGUUCAUCAUCUUCCGGGUACCCAUGAUUGGCGUUCGGUUAUGCUCCUGGGUUCCUUGAUUUGAUAUUGGAAGUUGAAGUCUUCAAGAUCAGCAGAAAUUUGUUUGUAUUUACAGAAUCAUGAGCUUGUUCUUUCCGUUUCUAUCUGGCGUGAUGCUGCAUCAGAUGGGGACCACUCUGUAUAGAAACUUGAACAUUGUCUCUUGUAAUUCCGGAUAAUUUUUCUAUGUAUCAGAUGUGAGAACUGCAUUUAAGAACAGUGAACUGCAAGUUUGACAAUGACUUUUUUUUUGAUAAGUUUGACAAUGAGUCUUGUACUGAAAA